AUGUCUGGUCGUGAGUGGGUCGUUCGCCUUUGCUUGUGACGAGAUUGGUCAUGCCUAAAUCACUGGCAUGGGGUAUUGUGUGCGGGCGGCACCUGGCCUAGCAUGACUGGUGGCGAUCUUUACCGUGAACUUGCAUGCCUUCAGCACGGACACGGUAUGCUGACUUUACAUCUUUCACCACACUCCUCGUUCCCAAUCACUUUGUCAUUGUCACAGGCGGAAAGGUGAGGGUCAUCAUCAGGUGCAUUUCUCAUCACGAUUUCUUGCUGACUUGACGCUUUAUCGAUCGACAGGGCGGCAAGGGUCUGGGAAAGGGCGGCGCCAAGCGUCACCGCAAGAUUUUGCGUGACAACAUCCAGGGUAUCACCAAGCCCGCCAUUCGUCGUCUUGCACGUCGUGGAGGUGUCAAGCGUGAGUGACGGGACCCCCAUUGUUUCAUCCUUGCUACCAUUGACUCUCGGUGUGUUGACCCGGGUUUGCACGAUCUCGUCACAACAAACAGGUAUCUCCGGUCUCAUCUACGACGAGGUCCGUGGAUGCCUCAAGCUCUUCCUCGAGGGUGUCAUUCGUGACUCUGUCACUUACACUGAGCACGCCAAGCGCAAGACUGUUACUUCGCUCGACGUCGUCUACGCUGUAAGUCUCAAUCCAGAUGCGCGAUUCUGUCAUCGUCGUAUGUUCUUAUGCCCUCGCUCCUGCAUUACCUUCCUCGCAGCUCAAGCGCCAGGGUCGUGUUCUCUACGGUUUCGGCGCCUAA